GGCUGGUUGAGAAUUAAUACAAUCUGUGACAUUUUAUUAACAAUACUGAACUAAUAUCCGACAGCGAUACAAAAAUGCACGAGUUUCGUUGCUAUCGUCGGUUUCUGUUUUUCGUUGAUCACGAGCGAAACCCUUUGACUGGCGAAAACACGAUGAAGACAAUUUGAGUCUGAGUCGAUUCAAUGAUCAUCAGGUGAUGGAUUGGAUUGUUUUAAUGUGACCUGCCUUAGUCACUUGUAAAAACUGAUGACCCAUGGUACAUACGGUUUCUUAACUCUUCUGAAAAAUGCGAACUUUGCAUUCAGCCGAAUAAAUGUAAAAUCUUUUUCAAUGAGUCAAACAGAAUUUGUAAUUUAAUAUUUCGUAAAUUUAAAAUAUAGUGCAAUUAUUGACAUGCGAAAUAUGGCUUUGCCGAUUGAACGUUCAAGCCUUUCUUAUUUAUUUUAUUUAGAGCUUUGUGUGAUAUAUAUAGUUUCAUUUAUGAGACUGCACGGCGUAAAAAUACAGCGUUAACCCAAAUGUAUUGAUCUCGAAUGAAUGCAUAUUUUUGUUUUCUGCAAAAACAGAACAAUAUUUGCUUUACUAUCAAUGGCUUACUAUCAUUUUCUAAAUUAGACUGUUUUUUUUAUACGGACACAACAUAAUCCUGAUUUUGGAGUGCCCCGGGAUAUUAUUCGUCACAAAUACAAUACUUGGAAAUAGAAUAUAUAUACAUGUUAUCAAUCGGCAUAAAACGCAUAGCUUUCCGUGUUUUGCGAUUUAUUUCAAAUUGUCCGUGAACGAACUUGCACCAAUAAUGGACACCGACCAAUCGUCAUCUGUACCAUACAAUAAUAUGGACAGGGUAUCCGAGUCUCUGUCAGAAAUCAAGAGACGGCGAUCAUCAUGGAUGCUUCUGGCUGUUGGCGUUUUCGUCAUUGUUGUAUUCGGGAUUAUGUUUAUCGUGAUUUUCGUGCUGAUUUCUCAGUUGAGUCAAAAAACAACCAGCCAGUCACAACUAUCAGACGAUUUGUCACAGAUUAAUAAAUCUCCAACGCCAUUAGCCCUCCAACUUAGUGGCGACAAAGUGAAAUCAUCAAAUGAUAUUUCAAUAAAGACGCAGGUUUCGUUACACCAAGGAUGGUAUUCAGCAUCGAAUGGGUAUUUAUACAAAAAAAUUAACACAACGCAAGAUUACACAGAUGCUGUUAAAGCGUGUCAAAAAUCUGGCGCAAGACUUGCUGCAACUGGAGUGAGGGAUUCCAAUAUCAGAAAACAAAUCUUUGACGUUUUGUUGGAUUCUCCAGAAAAGAAUGUUUGGAUUGGUCUUGUGUAUUUUGAUGGCAAAUGGGCGUGGUCUGAUGGCGUGAUCGCUGCUUUCAAUGAUACAAAUUGGGCUCCUGGGGAACCAAACAAUUCUGGAAAUCACAAAUGUGCAGAAUUAUGGGGAUUGAAAAACUGGAGAUUAGCAGACGGAAAAUGUACAACACCGCACCCUUACCUAUGCGAAGUUUUGGAGACCACAUGACUUUAGUUAGGAACCUUAGCUGAUCGCAAAAACUUGCAUUAAAAUUGAACUUGAAUUAUUACCGUUCGUUGUUACUUAAUUUUGUGAUUUGAUUCCCAGAUGACAUGAAUGUAUAUUGCUAAUAAAACUUAUUAUUAAAAGUG